AUGGUUGGUUCUAAUUUUGAUCUUCUACCCCCGGAAAGGAUUUUUCUUCCACAAAGCAAAAUCGGUUCCGGACCAGGGAUUCCUUCCUCACCCGCUGACCCUUACGCAGAUCGGUUUUUGGAAAAAAAUAUUAAUACGGAUAAAUGUGCCACGCCUCCGACCUCAAUCACUUCGAGAACUGCUGCUGCGAACAUUACACCGCCAUCAACAACUGCUCCUGCAGCAUCGAAACCAGUAUCUGAAUCACCAAUACCACUAUUAAAACGAAAUAUUUCAAUAUCGAAAGAUGGAAAGAUGGCAUAUAGUGAAACGAAACCUCUAGGAAAAGUUCAUGGGUCCGAAUUUAUAGCUGUGGAGAAGGCCGACCCAAGCGUUAUACCUUACCUCAUGGAUAAGGAUGGUAUGGCACAACCAGUGCCGCCAUUACCACAAUCAUUAGGUGUGGCGAGAUCUCAAUCUCCUCUACCACAACAGUCUCUUACGUCGUCAUCAAAUAAUGCAAGCACACGACAGCAAGAAGAGUACAAUGCGUUGAGGAUGGCCGCAAAAUUACAACAAAGAGCUCCCUCGUCAGAGUUGGAACGGGGUACGGGGGCGCCAUCCGCUGCUGCAUCAUCAGUUGUAUCCGAAGAAACUACACAACCCCAAAGAAACUCUGAGAUAAUUGUUUAUGACAAUUCGAUAAAGGAGGAAGACGCUAUAUUGAGUGAUGAUGAAGGGGAAGAUGAGUUUUUCUACGCGAUGUGA